CGUUACCCGCGUCCCACACCGUACUCGGCUCUGGUGGUGCAGCUCUACUUUCAGCUAGUGUACAUUUUACCGUAGAAUCAGGAUAGUUUAAUUUCUGAGCUACAGCACUUGGGUUUAUCUCACUGCAUUUUCUCCAUAUACAUCUGAACCAUGAGUUACCACAAACCCGACGAGAAAACUCUGCAGGGCCUGAAAGACAUCGCGAACAAGCUCAGGAUUCACUCCAUCAGGGAAACAUGCGCCUCAAACUCCGGACACCCCACCUCCUGCUGCAGCGCUGCCGAGCUCAUGUCUGUGCUGUUUUUCCACACCAUGCGCUACAAAACUGAUGAUCCUCGCAACCCUUGCAAUGACCGCUUCAUCUUGUCCAAGGGCCAUGCUGCUCCUAUUCUGUAUGCUGCCUGGGCAGAGGCUGGAUAUAUUAAAGAGUCAGAUCUGCUAAAUCUGCGCAAGAUCGACUCUGACCUAGAGGGUCACCCCACUCCUAAACUAGCAUUUGUGGAUGUAGCAACAGGCUCUCUUGGCCAGGGUUUGGGUGCUGCCUGUGGUAUGGCCUACACCGGCAAAUACUUGGAUAAAUCAAGCUACCGUGUGUACUGUAUGAUGGGAGAUGGCGAGUGUUCAGAGGGGUCUGUGUGGGAAGCCAUGGCUUUUGCCUCCCAUUACAAGCUUGACAAUCUGGUGGCCAUUCUUGAUGUGAACCGCCUGGGCCAGAGUGAGCCAGCACCACUGCAGCACAACGUGAACAUCUACAAGGAGCGCUGUGAGGCCUUUGGCUUCAACACUUAUGUAGUGGAUGGACAUGAUGUGGAGGAGCUGUGUAAGGCUAUGUGGCAUGCUGAAGGAGUGAAGGGGAAGCCCACUGCCAUUGUAGCUAAAACAUUCAAAGGCAAAGGUCUUAAAGGCAUUGAGGAUCAGGAUAACUGGCACGGGAAGCCGAUGCCUAAAGAUCGUGCAGAGGAGCUGAUUAAUGACCUCCUGAGCCAGAUCCACUCUCCCAAUAAGCCUCUCUACCCUCAGGCACCAAAAGAGGACGCGCCUCCAGCUGACCUGUCCCCAAUCCAUCUGCUCACAGCCCCAGAAUACAAGCUUGGAGACAAGAUCUCCACCAGGAAGGCUUACGGUGUGGCCCUGAAAAGGAUGGGUGAUGCCAGUACUCGUGUGGUGGCACUGGAUGGAGAUACCAAGAACUCAACCUUUGCUGAUAUGUUCAAGAAGGCUCAUCCUGAUCGCUACAUUGAGUGCUUCAUUGCCGAGCAGAACAUGGUGAGUGUGGCCAUUGGUUGUGCCACUCGUGAGCGCACCGUUUCAUUCGCCAGCACUUUUGCCGCCUUCCUUGCUCGUGCCUACGACCACAUCCGAAUGGCAGCCAUCUCCCAGUCUAACGUCAACCUGGUCGGCUCUCACUGUGGUGUUUCCAUUGGUGAGGAUGGUCCCUCACAGAUGGCUUUGGAGGAUCUUGCCAUGUUCCGCGCUAUCCCAACAUGCACAGUGUUUUACCCUAGCGAUGGAGUGUCUACUGAGAGAGCUGUGGAGCUUGCAGCCAAUACAAAGGGUGUCUGUUUCAUCCGAACCAGUCGACCUGACACUGCAGUCAUCUAUAAUCCUGAAGAGAAAUUUGAAAUUGGGAAAGCCAAGGUGGUGCGGCAGUCCAGCAAAGAUCAGGUGACCGUUAUUGGUGCUGGAGUCACCCUGCACGAGGCGCUGGCCGCACAUGACCAGCUAGCCAAAGAAGGUGUGAACAUUCGGGUUAUUGACCCAUUCACCAUUAAGCCCCUGGAUGCCUCCACUAUUGUGGCGAGUGCUCGUGCCACAGGAGGAAGAGUGAUCACUGUGGAGGACCAUUACAAAGAGGGUGGUCUGGGCGAGGCUGUUCUGUCUGCAGUGGGUGAAGAGCCUGGUAUUGUGGUGCACCGGCUGGCCGUGAGCCGUGUGCCCCGAAGCGGGAAACCGCAGGAGCUGCUGGACAUGUUUGGUAUCAGUGCCAAAUGUAUUGUUGCUGCCGUCAAGCGUACUUUCGCCAACUGAAACUGUUUGAACCACCCUGAGCUACACCCAUCCUCUUUCUCCACUCCUAACCCAGACCCCAUAGACAAGCUCACCACACAAUCCAUAUCAUUCCAGCAGCUCACGGCUUGAGGAUACACCUAACUUCUCAGUGUGUGUGAACUUAACAUGUGCAUUGUAGUUUACAGAGUGUCCUUCACAGCUCUGAAAUGCUUCCAUUUUUGUGUCAUCAUUGGAUUUGCCUUCUUGACAGCUUUAAAUGCUACUUUUAAAAGAAUAUGAGGUUUAUCAGAGUGCAUAAAUGGAUUUGAUCAGAAUGAAAGUUUAGUUGACACAGACUAUUUCAAAAGUCAUUUCAUCUUUCCUUGCAUUGCUUUUGGCUAUGCUUCCUGUAAUUACAAGCUAGUAUCAUGAACAAAAAAUAUGUUUGACAAUGCCUGUGAUGGUGCUUUUAGGGAGUAACAAAAUAAAACUAAAAUAUAUAUCCAUUUUUUUUAAACUGCUGUUGUGUUAACCACUGGACAACCCAGGUUUGAACAUGAAUGGUUUGGUUUUGGUGACGAUGAAAUGUCAGGUUACUGAGACGCCCUCACUGUUGUUGUUGCUUGUUCACCUAUAGUUUUCACUCAAUUUGGUGUAAUGUGUUAAUAAAUUGAAUUGCCCAUUCAAAA